AUGGGUAACGUUCCGACUAAAGAAGAUAGAGGCUCCAUUGGCAGUUAUGAUGACGCGGCGAGAAGAGGUGGACCGGUGGUCAAUUCGUUAACUGUGAGAGAAAUCCUCAAUCCAUCGGCGACUUACAGGAAGAAGAAGUAUUACAAGGAUAAAGAAGGAUUGAAAGAGCAAGUGACAAAAGAUUUAAUCGUGUCUCAUGAGGAAAACGUUGAUGGUGGGUUUUUGGCACCGUAUGGGGUUUACACUCAUAACCAAGACUAUGCGACGGCUAUUGUAAGGGGGUUAAUCUCUGAAAGACGGAUUUCUCCAUUUUACUUGCCGUUGCAAGAUCUUGAUGAUGAUUGGACUGAUGAACAGUUGAUUAAGGAAUUGGAUGACCUUGCAUUGCAUGCCCCAAUAUCCGGGGAAAUUGAGGAAACCACAAUUCUCGAUCCGAAUUCGAAACACUAUCAAAAGCAUUUACAAGCCCAGCUUUUUGAGAAAGCGUUGCUCCAAAAGAGAAUUGCUUUACAAACGGAAGCACAAGCAAGAUAUGAUAGAGAAAAGAAGCUUGCUUAUGGUAACGGGUUUAGAAAAGAAAACAUUCCUUCAAGGGACUUGUUGCUAAGAUUAUACAAAGACGCCACAGAAUGCCCAAUCUGUUUUUUGUUCUAUCCUAAUAAUUUCAACUAUACUCGCUGUUGUGUUCAGCCAAUAUGCUCUGAAUGUUUUGUUCAAAUUAAGAGAUUGGAUCCUCAUCCUCCUCACGAUGAAGAAGAAGAAAGGAACCAAAAUUCAGGUGAACUUGUGGUUCCAAAAGACUUGAUAUCUGAACCAGCAAUAUGUCCUUUCUGUGCCAUGCCUAAUUUUGGAAUCACUUACACCCCACCUCAAGAUAUCAAGACUGGGAUAAAUGGCAUUCCUCCUUGUGAUUACAAGCGCUCUACUACUAAGCCCUCGAUUAACACUCCAGGAAAGGAUAUUGGCAAUGACGAUUCUGCAGUUGUGGAGACUAAUGAUACCCUUGAAGUACCUGUCAAGAAAGGAGCUCGUCGUCAUUCAUUACCAUCAGAACAUCAAAGCGUUAUAUCGACGGAUUUCAUAAGACCAGAUUGGGAAAGAAAAUUAAAUAGUGCGAGAAUGAAAUUGGCCAGAAGAAGUGCUGCGGCUACUGCUAUUCAUGCCUCUUCUUUAUUAAUGGAUGAAACCGGAAAUGGUCAAGUUAGAAGUUCAAGGGCAGACUCUAGUGCCGAUCUUGAGCAGAAGAUGAUCGAGCAAGCUCUUAGACUUUCGCUAUUAGAAGAAGAAGAAAGAAAGUCCAAACAAAACAUCAAGAGCUAG